GAAGAAAAAAUACCCAGAGAUAAAGUCUAUAUGAUGAAUCCUCCCAAGUUAGAUCAAGUAGAAGACAUGGCAGAGUUAUUAUAUUUGCAUGAAGCAGCUGUGGUGCAUAAUCUAACUCAAAGAUACAGACAAAAUAAUAUAUAUACGUAUUCUGGUCUUUUCUUGGUGGCUGUUAAUCCAUACAGAAACCUUCCCAUAUAUUCCUCAGAGAUCAUCAAGCAUUACCGGAAGAAAAGAAGAGGCGAAGCUCCCCCUCAUAUAUAUGCUAUAGCCGAUCAUGCGUUUUAUAAUAUGCUUCAUGAAAAAGAGAAUCAAUCCAUACUUAUCACUGGAGAAUCAGGUGCAGGAAAGACUGAAAAUACAAAGAUCGUCAUUCAAUACUUGGCUACUAUUGCCGGGAAUGGAAGUAAUGGGUUUACCUCUGACAAACCUUCAAAGUUGGAAGAACAGAUCCUACAAGCGAAUCCUAUAUUAGAAGCGUUUGGCAAUGCCCAAACUAUAAGAAACAACAAUUCAUCUAGAUUUGGCAAAUUUAUUCGAAUUAUCUUUAACAGAAAUGGUGACAUACGUGGUACCUUUAUUGAUUGGUAUCUACUGGAAACAUCAAGAGUACAUACACAGACAUUAGAAGAGAGAAACUACCAUAUAUUUUAUCAGCUGUUAAGCGCUAAUCAGGAUAUGAAAGCUACACUGCACAUUGAUCAAAAGUGUCCCGCUGACUUUAACUAUACAAAAAACUCAAAUCAUACAAUUCAGGGCGUAGAUGAUGCAGCAGAGUAUAACAAAUUGGUACAAUCUAUGGAUAUCAUGGGCAUCACCUUUGAAGAACGAUUGAACUUCUUUCGUAUAGUUGUUGCUAUCCUUUAUUUGGGAAAUAUUGUUGUUAGCAAUCAUUUUGGAAGAGUAGAUAUUACAAAUUAUGAAUUAGCCUGCGAAAUAUUAGGUGUAUCACCUCUGUUGUUUAAGAAGCAUUUAAUGGAACCGCAGAUCAGAGCUGGUAACGAAUGGGUUAGUCAAAGUAAAUCGCCAAGUCAAGUCAAAGACCACUUGGAUGCUCUGACAAAAGUACUAUAUGAAAGAAAUUUUGGUCAUCUUGUGAGUCGCAUAAAUAUGGCUAUUGAUGGGCCAAGAUCAUUAGAAGGGAUGCUUGCUUCUGAGGGAGAGCGAUUUAUUGGUGUAUUGGAUAUUGCAGGAUUUGAAAUUUUCAAGAUCAAUAGUUUUGAACAAUUGUGCAUAAACUAUACCAAUGAAAAACUACAAGACUUCUUUAAUCAAAACAUGUUUGUACUUGAAGAAAAUGAAUACAAGAAAGAAAACAUUCAAUGUGAUGAUUCAUUCGACUAUCGCAAUGAUUUACAGCCAACAAUUGACUUGAUCGAAAGCGCUAAAAAUCCUAUUGGUAUCCUUUCCUGCCUUGAAGACGAAUGUGUUACUCAAGGAACAGAUGAACGACUAUUAUCCAAAAUUGUUGAACAGAAUGCUAGUAAUCCUCGGUUCAAACGUGACAUCUACAAUGAAGGCUUUACUAUUAGACACUAUGCUGGUGACGUGAAAUACUCUACUUCAGGAUGGAUCGAACGAGGUAAAGACCCUCUGAAUGAACAUAUUGCAAGAUUAUUUUCAGAAUCAACAAAUCCUCAUGUGGCUACAUUAUUCAAGGAUUAUGCUAAUACGUCAGCAAACAACACCCCACGUACUGCUGUUGAAGUGCGUAAAGCACUCUUUAAGACGCGAAAAGGCGGUGGUAACUUCCAUACAGUUGGAUACAAACAUAAGCAACAGCUUUCGGUGCUGAUGAACAUUUUGAAUAACACACAUCCGCAUUUUGUGCGCUGUAUCUUACCUAAUGAUCGCAAACGGCCAGGAGAGAUUCAACCUCAGUUAGUACUCCAUCAAUUACGGUGUAAUGGUGUUCUCGAAGGUAUCCGUAUUUGCCGUAUUGGCUAUCCCAAUCGUUUGACCUUUCAGCAAUUCCGAGAACAGUAUAAACUCAUUGCUCCAGAAUUGGUGUCAAAUGAGCGCGAUCAUCGCAAAGCGUGCAUGUUGAUACUUGAUUCCGUUCCUAAUCUGCUGAAUACAACACAUUAUCAGCUUGGUAAAACUAAAGUGUUCUUCAAAGCU